CCGUGGCAGCCGCGCCGUCGCCGCCGCCGCCGCCGGUACCGCCGCCCCGCCGGGCCCCAGGACCCCGCAGCCCGACCCCGAGCCCACCGAGCAGGGGGCGCCGGCCGAUUCUAGCCCGCGCGCCGGGAAUCGCCCGCUGCUCCCGCGCGCCUCGCCCAACGCUGCGCGCUCUGCAGACCCCUGUCCUCCCCGUCUUUCUCCUCCUCCCCUCCCUCUCACCUUCUCCUUUGCUUUUAUUGCUUUCCCUUCUUGCCGUACCUUCCUCCAUCUCUCCAUCUCUCUGUCUUUCCUUUUCCCUUGUCCUCUUUCUACCUUCCUCUUAUUCCCACCUUGGACCUCUCUUUCUGUUCUCACCGCCUACUCGACCCUUCUCUGACUCUCCACUGUAGCAGCAGCCCCCCCCCCCCCCCUGGUUGCUUUUGUGCCCCUGUGCCUCAGUGUCCUCAUCUCAGUUUCUCCCGACGCCCCUCCUGGCUCAGCGCCUGGCGGCCUGGCCCCGGGGGAAGGAAGGAUGGUUCCCGAGGUAAGGGUCCUCUCCUCCUUGCUGGGACUCGCGCUGCUCUGGUUCCCCUUGGAUUCUCACGCCGGAGCCCGCCCAGAUAUGUUCUGCCUUUUCCAUGGGAAGAGAUAUUCCCCCGGUGAGAGCUGGCACCCCUACUUGGAGCCACAGGGCCUGAUGUACUGCCUGCGCUGUACUUGCUCUGAGAGUGCCCAUGUGAGUUGUUACCGCCUCCACUGCCCGCCUGUCCACUGCCCCCAGCCUGUGACCGAGCCGCAGCAGUGCUGUCCCCGCUGUGUGGAACCUCACACCCCCUCUGGGCUCCGGGCCCCCCCAAAGUACUGUCAGCACAAUGGGACCAUGUACCAACACGGAGAGAUCUUCAGUGCCCACGAGCUGCUCCCUUCCCGCCUGCCCAACCAGUGUGUCCUCUGCAGCUGUACCGAGGGCCAGAUCUACUGUGGUCUCAUGACCUGCCCAGAACCAGGCUGCCCCGCACCCCUCCCGCUGCCUGCAUCCUGCUGCCAGAUGUGCAAAGAUGAGUCAAGUAAGAAAUCAGCUGAAGAGGACACCACACAGUCACACCGUGGGGCGAGACAUUCCCAGGAUCCGUGUUCAGGGGACAAUGGAAGAAAGAGUGUCCUGGGCACCCCAGCUCCCACUGGCCUCAGUGCUCCUCUGGGCUUCAUCCCUCGCCACUUCCGACCAAAGGGGGCAGGCAGCACAACAGUCAAGAUUGUCCUGAAGGAGAAACAUAAGAAAGCCUGCGUGCACAGUGGGAAGACAUACUCCCAUGGGGAGGUGUGGCACCCAGCUUUCCGCUCCUUUGGACCCCUGCCCUGCAUCUUGUGCACCUGUCAGGAUGGCCGCCAGGACUGCCAGCGGGUGACCUGCCCCACUGAGUAUCCCUGCCAUCACCCUGAGAAAGUGGCCGGAAAGUGCUGCAAGAUUUGCCCAGAGGACAAGGCAGACCCUGGCCACAGUGAGAUCAGUGCUACCAGGUGUCCAAAGGUGCCAGGCUGGGUCCUCGUCCACACAUCAGUGUCUCCAAGCCCAGACAACCUACAUCGCUUUGCCCUCGAGCAUGAGGCCUCUGAGCAGGUGGAGAUCUACCUCUGGAAGCUGGUAAAAGAUGAGGAAACUGAGGCUCAGAGAGGUGAAGUACCUGGCCCAAGGCCACACAGCCAGAAUCUUCCACUUGAUUCAGAUCAAGAAAGUCAGGAAGCAAGACUUCCAGAAAGAGGCACAGAACUUCCGGCUACUCCCCAGCACCCAUGAAGGUCACUGGAACGUUUUCCUAGCCCAGACCCCGGAGCUGAAGGUCACAGCCAGUCCAGACAAAGCAUCCAAGACCUUAUAAUAAAGACCUAAACAGUUGCAGAUAUGAGCUUUAUCAUUUUUGUUGUUAUAUAUUAAUAAAUAACAAGCUGCAUUACCCCUCAA